AUGCAGUCCAUCUUGACCCGUCAGCGCACGCUGUUUGCUGCGUCGGCCGCGUUUGUCGUCGCCUCCAUCUCGGUCAUCUCGGCGCGCAGGAGCGCUUCCGUCGCAAGCAGGACCGCCGCACAUUUCUCAGCCACCACUACGUCGCUGUCGGAUUUGUCUCCCAACGAAUGCUUGACUGUCACCGCCGCGCUCAAUCGUCCUGCGUCUCCUUGCAAGCCCAUCCUUUCGCAAGAACUGCUCUCCAACUUCCACACGUAUCUUCAGGCUCUCGUCUCCGUCCCACACCAGCUGUAA